AACAAAACUCAUGAUUUUAUUGACGUACCCAUACUGUAAUGUUUUAAAAAUUGUUGUAUUCUCAUACCGGUACCCGUAUUGUACCGGAUACCGUACCCGUACCUAUGCAACAUAGCAUAUAAUGUAUAAUAACUUAAUUUCUCACUGUUUCUUCUUAAUUCCAUAAUGUAAUUCUUUCAAUAAUUUUGUUUCUUCUAUAAAUCAAAUGAACCACCAAUAAAUUUAGGUUUUAAUUUUUUAGAAGAGAAAAGAGCAUAAAAAAUCCAAAUGAGACAAUAAAUUUAUUCCCUGCCGGUUGCUUGUGAUUUUUGUUCACUGUUAAAAUGGAGAAAAACGGUAUCGGCCACUACCUAUAUCUUUUUGUUGUGGCCGAUUUUGCAGUAAUGGACUGUUUUUUAAAACCUUGUAAAAUAUUUUCAAACAGCGGAUAUAGCGGCGCCAUAGGUGUUGCGUGGUGGAAUUUGUUGACAACACUAAUUAGAAUAUGGUUGUUGUCUUGGAUGGUGGAGCUGAAUUCAUGUGAUUUUUAAUUUUCUCAGCAACCAAAACCGGAGAGUUUGAUUAUUUGGUGAAACUGUAUGUACAUUUUAUUGAGGUAUGAGUCGGCUGAAGACUGUUCUGACGACGAUGACGAUAAGCUUGGACUCUCCCAGUUGAGGAAGAAUGUUUUAGAGGAGCUGAAGAUGCAUGACUCACUGGUAAAGGAAUGGGGAUUGGACCUUGCCAAAGAGCACAGUAUUAACUCAGCAACAGUUAAGUAUACAGACUUUCUGUUGGCUACUGCUUCUGGGAAGAUUGAAGGACUGAAAAGUUCUGGUAAACUUGCAACACCAUUUGAGAAAACCAAAAUUGCUGCUUAUACUUUAGGUGCCAUGACUCCUUGCAUGAGGCUGUAUGCCUUUCUUGGUAAAAAGUUCAAGGAACUUCCAGACCUCGAAGAAAGUACUCACCCGUAUAGCAAGUGGAUCGACAACUAUUCCUCUGAUGGUUUCCAGGCUUCUGCUCUGCGAACCGAAGAAUUGCUCGACAAACUAAGUGUCUCUUUAACUGGCGAAGAACUCGAUGUCAUUGAAAAGCUUUAUUACCAGGCAAUGAAGCUUGAAAUAGACUUCUUCACUGCUCAACCACUCUUUCAGCCAACUAUAGCACCCUUGACUAAAGGACAUAACCUUGAAGAAGAUCGUCUCGUGAUUUUUUCCGAUUUUGAUUUAACAUGCACUGUUGUUGAUUCAUCUGCCAUCUUGGCAGAAAUUGCUAUAGUGACAGCACCAAAAUCCGACAAUCAGCCUGAAGAUCAAACAGCUCGAAUGUUGUCUUCUGACCUCAGGAACACAUGGGGUUCUCUAUCCAAACAGUAUACAGAGGAGUAUGAGCAAUGUAUAGAAAGCAUUAUGCCUGCCAAUAAAUUGGAAAAUUUUGAUUAUAAACAACUGUCUACAGCACUUGAGCAACUUUCGAAAUUCGAGAACUCAGCAAAUAAUAGGGUUGUUGAGUCCGGGGUUCUUAAGGGUAUAAAUAUAGAAGAUGUAAAGCGUGCUGGAGAGCGUUUGAUUCUUCAGGAUGGUUGCACUGACUUUUUUAAGAGAGUUGUAAAGAAUAAAAAUUUGAAUGCCAAUGUGCAUGUUCUUUCAUACUGCUGGUGUGGUGACCUAAUUAGGUCUGCUUUCUCUUCAGCUGAUUUAAAUGAGAUGGAUGUUCAUGCUAACGAGUUCAGUUAUGACGGAUCUGUUUCUACCGGCGACAUUGUUAAGAAGGUGGAGUCUCCCAUUGACAAGGUCCAGGCUUUUCGUAAUAUAUUGGAAAAUUGCAAUGAUGACAAGAAAAAAUUAACUGUUUACAUUGGAGACUCGGUGGGUGAUUUACUUUGUCUACUUGAAGCAGAUGUAGGAAUUGUGAUUGGUUCAAGUUCAAGCCUUAGGACCAUAGGGACACAAUUUGGUGUUUCAUUUGUCCCAUUGUUUUCUGGCUUGGUUAAGAAACAGAAAGAAUACAACGAAGAAAGCUCUUCCAAUUGGAAGGGUUUAUCUGGCAUUCUUUACACAGUCUCUAGUUGGGCUGAAGUGCAUGCUUUUGUUUUGGGUUGCUAGUGUUAUUUUGUGUCUCAUGCGCCCAAAUUCAUGCUAGGCUAAAAAAAAGAAACAUAUAUAUAGUGCAAUACAAAUACACAAGCAGGUGGCUAAUUUUAUAAGCGGCCACAGAUUGUCUGCUGUCUCUCUUAUUUCUCUUUCAGGAUGUUGCAAUUCAGAGACAUGGUGCCAUUCUGAUUUCUCUAGUGGUUCUUUGAAGCAUCUGGUUGCUAGUUAUUAUUGAUAUGAUCUGUCUCCUCCAAUCAUGCCAGGAAUGAGAAAUUUCAGACAGAAAUCUUUUAAAUGCUUGUUAGAUCAGGACACAAUUCAGACUUUGAAGUGUUGUACUGGUAUUUAGUAGGAUACUGCUGUUCCAUAAUUUUAAGGAUUCGGCAGAGAGAUCCUGUGUAUUUUUUAGUUGACUCCUUGAAAUUCAUAUGCAUAAAUGUUCAUUUUUUAGCAGCUUCAUUAUAGAUUAAUGGUUUUAAUCAAUUCCAGUAGAUUAUGAGACUUUUUUAGAUAUGUGAAGUUUCAAACCGGCUGAGUGACUUAUGCAUGUUCUAAACAUUUUAGUACCUUAAGAAGUCAUUCCUGGUUAAUUGUAUGGUACAGUGAGAAACUAAAAGAAGGGUUGAAAUUGGUGUAAAUCAGUAUUGUAAAAUA